AAGAUGAGGGGAGAGAAGGCAGAGGAAGGAGGAGGGGGGGGGGACAUUUCUUUGCCUAACGAGAUUUUUUUUUUAUAAAGAAGGAUAUCAUUUCUUUCACUCCGAUAGAAAAGUGAUAAACGCUUACUGGUAGGGCCUGUCGUAGCGCGGCGCUCACCCUGCAAGCUCACAUAACCUGGAGGGAAUGCGAAAGAUGUUGCUAGAACAAUUUUGAGCCGUGAUUCAGAUGUUAAAAUAGAGAAAGCUUCAGGGCAGAGUGUUCCCAGCGGUGCUGCACAGAACUUUCUCCUGUCAAACCGUAGCUCCACUAAAUGAGAGAUCUUGACAAGCCGACGUGUAUAAGGGCCUGGUGGAACUCAGGCAGAGAUGCCCAAAGGCGACUGCCCCUCAGCGGGCACCAACAGCGGGCAGAACCGCUACGAGACGCCCUCUUCCCUGGACCUCCAUAGACUGAUGUGGUUGAAGAGAGGCGCCAGAGCCCACUUGGAUGAAGUUGUGCCCAGGAUUUACAUUGGAGACAUGAUUGCAGCCAAGGACAAACGGCUACUGCAGGGCCACAACAUCUCCCAUGUGUUGAACGCAGCGCACGGCAAGCACAACGUCAACACAGGAGCCAGUUACUACAGAGACACCAAGAUCACAUACCACGGUGUAGAGGCCUUCGACAUGUCCUCUUUUGACCUCAGCCCCUUCUUCUACUCAGCCGCUAAGUUCAUCAGGAGUGGCAUGGACACACCAGGAGCUAAGGUGUUGGUCCACUGCGCCAUGGGCUUGAGUCGCUCCUCCACGCUGGUGCUGGCCUACCUGAUGAUCCACGAGAACAUGACCCUACCGAACGCCAUCAAGGCCGUGGCCGAGAACAGGAACAUCUGCCCCAACUCCGGCUUCCUGGAGCAGCUUCGACAGCUGGACCAAGAGCUGCACAGCCAGAGGAGAGCAGAGAGCAGCAUAAUGAACGAGGACGACAACACAAAGAGAGGCGAGCCGCACUACACACCUCCGACCAUCUCCGAGCCGCUUGGCAUACUCCUGAAGAACAGACGCCCAACUGGCCCCUUCAAUGAAGUCUGGCCCGGGGUCUACAUCGGAGAUGCCUCAAUGCCUGGCAAGAAGAUCAAGCUUCCCAAAGCGCCCGCACCCGAGCCGGAGGCGGAGUACGAGACGCCGGGAGGCUACGAGCUGGAGAAGCACCUGACCCACGGCAGCGUCGCCUACACAAACGUCAAUGAAGUCUGGCCCAACGUCUACAUCGGGGAUGAGCAAACAGCCAAGGAUCGUCACUACAUGCAGAAGAAGGGCAUCACCCACAUCCUGAAUGCGGCUGAGGGGACGUGGAACAGCGUGGACACGGGGGCAGACUACUACAGCGGCAUGAAUAUUGACUAUUAUGGGAUAGUAGCCGAGGACAUCCCCUCAUUCGACCUGAGUGUGCACUUCUACCCCGCUGCGGAGUAUAUCGACCAUGUCCUAAGCAAUCCAGAGAACAAACUCCUGGUACACUGCGUCAUGGGAAGGAGUCGGUCAGCCACACUCUUCCUGGCGUACCUCAUGAUCAACAAGAACAUGACUGUGGUAGACGCCAUUGACAAAGUGAAGAGUUACAGGCGCAUCAUUCCCAACUGGGGUUUUUUGAAACAGCUCCGGGAACUGGAUAUGAGUCUCCACGAGCAGCGAAAAGGAGGGAGGGAAAGCAGGUGUGAAGGGGAGAUGGACACCAAGGGAUCUCCUGAGACGGCAAACAGUGAUGGGGAGAAAACAUAGGGAAUACAGUUAUUCCAAAACCUCCUUCUCGG